AUGAAAGCAAAAGAUAAAGGGGAUCAUGGAGAGGAAUUACUAGCAAAUGAAAAAUUGUCUAAUCAUCAUCAUGAGCCUCCAACACAUAAAUCAUCAUCCAUGAGCAGCAUCAAUGAUGAACAAAUUCCGAAUGGAAAGGAUAAGCACCUACGAAUUUUCAAACAUAGUUGCUUUCUUUUUGAUACAUUACUCAAGCAAAUACUUGUCGAGUUGAGUAUUGAAUGGGUUGGACAGGAACGAAGAAAAGUCUAUUUUCAAAAUUUAAAUCAAAUGAAUGGAAACACAAAGAACGACCACGAGGAGAAUAAUUCCUACUCAAUUGAAGACGGAGUGGAGGUCUUUCCUCAAAUAUCUGCUUCUCAAUUACCUCUUGAAAAAACCCAUGUUGUGUGUGAUCAUUGUAAAAGAUCCAUUGCGAAUGAGGUCUAUGCACCUCACCUUGAACGAUGUAUGAAUGUACGAAAUAGCAGAAGAAAUGGAGGAAGAAAUAGAACUGUUGUGGAUUAUUCGGAAGAUACGAUUUUGGAUUUUGACGAGGAAGAUCACGAGGUUGAGCCUCAAACCAUGCAUGAGGUCGAAGAAGCAUCAUCCACCAACGAACAAGCUUAUGCAGAAAGUGUGCCUGAAGAACUUCCAACCAAAUCAUCACCGUCUCGACAACAAUCACAGAGCAAGUCGAAAAAAAAGACAAACACUAAACCAAAAACGAAAGCAAAAAAGAAACGAGGAGCACAAACAAGUGACGAUGAUGAAGAUUAUGUUGACGAAUUUUUGGAGCCUUCGUCUGAAGAAUUUGAAGACGAUCGUAGUUAUUCAAGCACUCAAAGUGAGCGAGGAGGAACCAGCAAAAGAAAAGUCACACGAUCCAAGAAAGCAACCUCUAAUGCUGCUGCAUCCUCCAACAGUAAUGGGAACAACUCAAAGAAACGAAAGACAUCAAACAAAAAACAGACUCGUAAAGCGAACAAUGCCCCAUCCUCAGAUGAGGAUUUAAUGAACAUGAGCGGUAAUAGUUCUUCAGAAGACGAUAGAAAACAACCCAACGCUGGCACGAUCAAUGAGGAAGAUGCUCAAUCUGUUUCCAGCUCUGAAAGACUGUUAAACUAUAUUGACUCGUCUAGCUCACAAAAAUCAUCCGCGAGCGAUGAAUGA